AUGGAAGCAGAGGAGGAGAUGGAGCACCAAAGAGCUGAGGUCAGAAAGGUGGAGGCUGGGAGGAGAAGGAGAGGUGCCGGGGGGAGGAGGAAACGUGCAGCUACAGUGGAGGCCAACGCGUAUAGAAUUGUACGGGCAGGGUUGGGGCAACCCCUGAUGGGCUGGAGGAGGCGUGGGAGAGGAGAGGAGGGAUCCAGCGCUCUCAUGGCCGUGCUCAGGGAACUUCAUGCUGAGAAGAGGAGGCUGAUGGAUGAAGGGAAAGCACAAGAGGAGGAGGAGGAGGAGGAGGAAGAAGAAGAGGAUGAUGAUGAUGAAGAGGAAGAAGAGGAGGAGGAGGAAGAACAACAACAACAAGAGGAAGAAGAAGAAGAAGAAGAAGAAGAAGAAGAAGAAGAAGAAGAAGAAGAGACAACUGAGGCUCCCACCAAUCAAACUGUAACACAGAGCAGCUUUACAGCGUCUCCUCUGGACCAGUGUCAGGCUGCUGACAGAGAAAUCAGCUGCAGGGGCAUCGGCAUGACUCACCUGCCAAUCAUUCACAACCUGGAGGCCACGAAGCUGGAUGUGGCAGAGAACAACAUCAGAAGCCUUGAGCCACAAGCUUUCUCUGGCAUACAGAACCUUGACGAGCUGGACCUGAGCAAAAACGAACUGGACAAUGAGUCGUUCAGCCAAAACCCCCUGUCUAACUUGACCUUUCUGAGGAAACUGAACCUAGAUGGCAACCAGCUCACCCGGAUCCCAGCACUGCCGCCAUCUCUCGAGGAGCUCAAGAUCAACAACAAUAAGCUUAAUACACUCACCCCCCACUGUUUCAAAGGGCUGAUGAACCUGUUGAAACUGCAGCUAAAGGAGAAUACUCUUCAUGAGGGCAGUGUGUCAUCAUUAGCCUUCAGACCUCUAGAGAAGCUUGUGAACCUCCAGCUGGACAAAAACCGCUUCCGUUCCCUCCCUCAGGGCCUUCCUCCCUCUCUUCAGGAGCUGGAAAUGAAUGAAAAUCAGAUUGAGGAGAUACCAGAAAAGGCACUGAGGCGCUGCGUUCAUUUGAGGCUGAUGAACCUGAGUCACAACCUGCUGCAUGAGCAAGGCAUCGGUGAACGAGCCUGGACCCGUCUUAAGUCCCUGGAAGCCUUGGACCUGUCCUACAACCAGUUCACCUCUGUCCCAAUGAAUCUGCCUCGUCCUCUGCGUAAACUGACUCUCCAGCACAACAAAAUCAGUCACAUCCCCGCCUCCACGUUCCGUCACCUGCGGCCCGGCCUACAUUCCCUCCAUCUGUCCCACAAUGCCUUGAGCAAUGAGGGUAUAGGGCGGGUCUCGUUCGUUGGAACAUACCGCUCACUGGGUGAGCUCCUAUUGGACAACAAUCAUCUGUGGGAGGUUCCUCGCUGCGUUCGACAGUUUAAGAACCUGCAGGCGCUGAGAUUGGACAACAAUCGGAUCAGGCUGGUGAGGCAGUGGGGAGUGUGCCACCCUCGUAACUCUGGCUCCACCUUGGCCUCGGUUCACUUGGAAAAUAAUUUGCUGGAAGUGGAGAAGAUUCCUCCAAAUGCCUUCUCCUGUCUCACUGAUGCCCAGGGACUGGUCCUCUAUCCACAGCAGAGCAACGCAUAUGACCAAUAG